UUUACUGCACUAGCUCGUAUUGGGGACAUUCAAUAAUUCUACACAAUACAUCCAUAUCUCUACAUUCAUUUGUCUUUUAUCAUUGAUGGUUCGGUGACUCUCAUUGGGGUUGACCGCCUCAUAUCUCGUCUCAACAGCUUUUUUCUGUAUUUUAUUUUAAUUGACAUUCAAUGUCACAUUCAAUUAGUCAAUGAUCCAAUGGAAUCUCUUACAGAAGUGAUUGAACACCAACCAGAUCUCACCAUGUUAGACACGGUCCCCCUGGAACAGAGGUACAAGGCCAGCAUGGUCCUGAGUGGAGCAGGAGAUGCCCUGGGCUACAACCAUGGUACCUGGGAAUUUGAAAAUGAUGGAGUGUUAAUACAUGAGCAAGUUCAGAAGAGAGGAGGUCUAGCGAAGCUUGAUGCCAUAGACUUCCCUGUUAGUGAUGACACCGUCAUGGACCUGGCUACAGCUGAGGCUCUGGUCAAGGUGGGGGAAGGAGCAUCCCUCCCUGUGCUGUAUCGAGCCCUGGUGGAGAAGUACAUUGUAAGCAUGACAGACAUGGAUGGAAGAGGAGCAGGUAUCACAUGCCUGCGAUAUGUUGCAAUACACAGACAGAGAACUGAUGAGGACAUUAAGAUUCCCUUCAACAAGAGGGGCGGAGGGUGUGGGGCAGCCAUGAGGGCCAUGUGUAUCGGCCUGCGCUUCCCGGACCCUGAGCAGGAGCACCUGCUGAUAGCAGUAAGUGUGGAGAGUGGACGUCUGACCCACCACCACCCCACAGGCUACCUGGGAGCCCUGGCUACAGCCCUGUUCAUGGCCUACGCAGUGAGGGGCACCCUGCCUGUGAAGGCCUGGGGACACAGACUCAUGGAGGUCCUGGACAAAGCCAAGGAGUACGUCAGGCAUUCGGGCAAUUGUGUGGAGCUGAACAUGGAGCACUGGGACUACUUUGGAAUUCAGUGGAAAUCCUAUUUAGAAAAGAGAGGCAUUCUGGAUGGAAAGAGCAAACCUCAGUUCCCAGACUCCUACGGUGUGAAGGAGAGGGAGAGUUUCUAUAGGGCAGUGAGCUUCAAGGGUUGUGGUGGCGCCAGUGGGCAUGAUGCUCCCAUGAUAGCUUACGAUGCCCUCCUGAGGGCAGGCGACUCCUGGGUUGAGCUGGCCAAUCAUGGCUUCUUCCACGGCGGGGACAGCGACUCCACGGCCGUGAUCGCUGUGGCCUGGUGGGGCGCACUGUUCGGCUUCAGAGGGGUGCCAGAGAUCAACUACCAGAGGCUUGAGUACCGUGACAGACUAUCCAAACUAGGGGAAUGGCUAUACAAGCUCAGGGGGAAACCUCUUGUAACUGAGAAAGAGUGAUGUAAAUGAAACCAAUAGAUGGUUAAAGGUGAAAUUCAUUACAUAGCCUGCAGAUCAGUAAUUUCUCCUUUGACAGUAAUUUUGUAUCCCUUGGUUUUUUAUUACAUAUUUUUAAAGAAUAUGAUUGGAUCUUGAAAUUUAUAGAGUAUUUAUGAUCUCAAACUGCAGUCUACCUACUGACUAGGAGAUGGAGUCAUACGCAGCUGCAGAAUUUAAAGUAUAAUUACAAACAUUUUAUUUUAUGGCAACGUAAAAUGUUUAAUUACCAGCCUAUAAUCAAUCCUUCACUAACAUACUUUACUGCUACAGUUGUGCUAUUAUCAUUAGCUAUGGCAGAGUGUAAAAACAGAUUGCUUUACUUCAUAUUAGAUUGACGUUAUUGUGGACAUCUUCAAAAUGGAGACUACAAGUACGGUGGUGACCAGAGGGUGGCAAUGUAACUUAACAAAUCACUCUUGAAACUCCCCUCUCUCUCUCUCAAUUCAAUUUCAAUAUAAGGUCUUUAUUGGCAUGGAAAACAUGGUUACAUUGCCAAAGCCAGUGAAAUAGAUAAAAGUGAAGAAAAAAAAAUGAACAGUUAAUAGACUCACAAAAGUUCAGAUGUCAUAUUAUGCCUAUAUACAGUGUUGCAACGAUACAAAUAGUUAAAGUACAAAGGGGAAAAUAAAUAAAUCAUAUUUACACUGGUGUUUUUUUCUUCACUUGGUUUCCUCCCUGAAAAACCUGCUGUUCUCCUUUCUGAAGCUUGAUUUUCCAGUGAAACCUGUUUAACAGUGUGGCUUCUAUCCCAUAUCAGCUUGUUAUAUGAAAGUGGUUGCAAUCAUCACUGUGGAAAAUGAUGAACAAUUUAAACGUGAACUGUAUGUCUUGCUCAGUCUUUGAUAUGCUUAAAGUAAUUUUUCCUAUCUGCUGAUAUGUUAAGAUAGGGCAAUUCCACUCUAGAUUGUUCUGGUAGUUCUCACAUAGGAACGUCAUUGGGAGGACGGAUAUUUACAGAGGAAUUGCCAUUUUAGGCCCUUUUUAGACCUAUUCACGCCUCCUGCAAGACCCUGUGAUCUGUACAUGAUACAGACACAUCUUGGUGUCAUUAUACUCCAUAUAGUUUUCCCUCAAAUAUUGAGUACUGUAUGUCUAGAUUCCAAAAUACAUUUUUAUAUUGAAUAAAUUAGUGUGAAAAUUUGUGAGUACCUCAAAACUACUUUUUGAU